AUGCGGGCGGAGGAGCCGCUGGCGCUGGCGGCCCCGCGGGCGGGCGGCGGCGAGACGGAGGCGGAGGCGGCGGGUGAGGAGCGGAGCGGCGGCAGCUGCUGCAGCAGUGAGCGGCUGGUGAUCAACAUCUCCGGGCUGCGGUUCGAGACGCAGCUCCGGACCCUCUCCAUUUUCCCCGACACGCUUCUGGGCGACCCCAGUCGCCGGGUCCGCUACUUCGACCCGCUCCGCAACGAGUACUUCUUCGACCGAAACCGGCCCAGCUUCGACGCCAUCCUCUACUACUACCAGUCCGGGGGGCGGCUCCGCCGGCCGGUCCAUGUGCCCCUCGACAUCUUCCUGGAGGAGAUUCGCUUCUACCAAUUGGGCCAGGAGGCCAUCGAGACUUUCCGGGAGGACGAGGGUUUCAUUCCAGAAGAAGAGAAGCCCCUGCCCCAGCACCACUUCCAGCGCCAGGUCUGGCUGCUCUUUGAGUACCCUGAGAGCUCCGGGCCAGCUCGGGCCAUCGCCAUCGUCUCUGUGCUGGUCAUCCUCAUCUCCAUCGUCAUCUUCUGCCUGGAGACCCUGCCCGAGUUUCGACAGGAGCCCAAGGGCACCCAGCCCGACUUCGGGGAGGCGGCACCGCUGGGCGACGAGGCGCUGCUGCUGGCACCGCCACCGCCGCCGAGUGGGACUCCACCGCCCCUGCACCCCGCCGCCGGCGCCGGCCCCUUCUUCACCGACCCUUUCUUCCUCAUAGAGACCCUGUGCAUCAUCUGGUUCUCUUUUGAGCUCCUUGUCCGCUUCUUCGCCUGCCCCAGCAAGCCCGAGUUCUCACGCAACAUCAUGAACAUCAUUGACAUUGUGGCCAUCAUCCCCUACUUCAUCACCCUGGGCACAGAGCUGGCCCAGCAGCAGCAGCAGAAGCAGCAGCCUGGCAGCAGCAGCAACAAUGGGGGCCAGCAGCAAGCCAUGUCCCUGGCCAUCCUCAGAGUCAUCCGCUUGGUCAGAGUCUUCAGGAUCUUCAAGCUCUCCAGGCACUCCAAGGGCCUGCAGAUAUUGGGGAAGACUCUCCAGGCCAGCAUGAGGGAGCUGGGCCUUCUCAUCUUCUUCCUCUUCAUCGGGGUGAUCCUCUUCUCCAGUGCUGUCUACUUUGCAGAGACUGAUGACCCUGACUCCCUCUUCACUAGCAUCCCUGAUGCCUUUUGGUGGGCGGUGGUGUCCAUGACCACCGUGGGCUAUGGGGACAUGUAUCCUAUGACAAUUGGUGGCAAGAUUGUGGGUUCCCUGUGUGCCAUCGCUGGUGUGCUCACCAUUGCCCUGCCUGUCCCUGUCAUCGUGUCCAACUUCAACUACUUCUAUCACCGAGAGACUGAUCACGAGGAGCAGUGCCAGUACACCCACGUCACCUGUGGCCAGCAGCAGUCACCCUUCUCUGAGCCCAAGAAGGGGGACAGCAAUCAAUCCCUCAGCAAAUCUGAAUUCCUGGAAGCAGAAGACCUGGAGUCCAUGAAAUACUCCAAUUUCAUUCCUCCCAACAACCAAGGUUAUAAAGAGAAGAAAAUGCUGACAGAGGUGUGA